UCUAUGUUUCAGCAGUUGCGCGGUGGUUCCCGAAACGUGUGUGUGCCUGCGCGCGUAAUUCGUUCGGUCGCUCCGGGAAUUGCGGUUGUUUUUCAUAUUAAAAAAAAAAAACGGAAGAAAAAAAAAGAGAAUGCAGCGUUCAGUUCAGCAAGCAAACGGCGACGGUAUCCUUGCGUCACCGAGGAAGAAGCAACGCGUGUCAAGCGUUAACGCGGCUAAAGUGACUGUCGUUCUCGGAGCGCAGUGGGGUGACGAGGGUAAAGGCAAGGUCGUCGAUAUGCUCGCGAUGGAUGCUGACGUCGUCUGCAGGUGUCAGGGAGGAAGCAAUGCCGGGCAUACUGUAGUAGUAGACGGUGCGGAGUUCCACUUCCAUCUUCUGCCCAGUGGAAUAAUCAAUCCUAGAUGUACUUCGCUUAUAGGAAAUGGGGUAGUAAUACAUCUGCCAGGUCUUUUCGAGGAGCUAGAAAGCAAUGAAGCGAAAGGUUUGAAAAAUUGGCAGGAACGAUUGAUAAUUUCCGAUCGUGCGCACAUGGUGUUUGAUUUUCACCAGCAAGUUGAUGGCCUCCAGGAAUUAGAAAAAGGCACACAGUCACUCGGCACUACCAAAAAGGGGAUCGGGCCGACGUAUUCGUGCAAAGCUGCGAGGAAUGGGCUUAGAAUCGGUGAUCUCCUCGGUGACUUCGACAAGUUCUCGCAGAAGUUUGACACGCUGGUUACCUCGUACCAGAAAAUGUUCCCGGCGCUUCAGGUCGACGUGAAAGCAGAGCUUCAGCGGUACAAAGAGUACGCUGAAAGGAUAAGACCGUUGGUAAAAGAAACAGUUCAGUAUUUACAUCAAGCAUUACGCGAGGGGAAGAAAGUAUUAGUAGAGGGUGCAAAUGCAGCGAUGCUAGACAUAGACUUCGGUACAUAUCCCUACGUCACGAGUUCUAACUGCAGUAUAGGUGGUGUUUGUACCGGUCUUGGAUUACCACCGUCUUACAUUGGGGACGUUGUCGGCGUUGUUAAAGCAUAUACCACAAGGGUUGGCGAUGGUCCAUUCCCCACUGAACUUUUAGAUGCUACAGGCGAGCUUUUACAAAAGAGAGGGCACGAAUUUGGUGUCACGACGAAUAGGAAGAGGCGUUGCGGUUGGCUGGACUUAACUCUUCUUAAGUUCACCGCAAUGGUUAACGGGUACACGUCGAUAUGUUUAACAAAACUAGACAUUCUAGAUACACUUCCGAAAAUUCGAAUCGGUGUAGGUUAUCGAUUAAAUGGAAAAGAAAUUGACUAUUUUCCAAGUAGCACCUCCGAUUUAGCAAAAGUAGAAGUAGUUUAUGAAACCCUCGACGGUUGGCAAUCAACGACAGAGGGCGUACGUUCCCUGGAAAAAUUACCUCCUAACGCAAAAAAGUAUAUACAAUUAAUAGAAGAGCAUCUUGGCGUGCCAGUUAAAUGGAUUGGAGUGGGAGCAGGCCGUGAAAGUGUAAUUGCACUUUGACGUUACAAAUAUUGGUUGCAGCGAUGGAAAUAUAUUUAUUUGUGUAGGAUCAGUGGAUUGAGCGAAUGAACGUGUGAAGUCUUUAAUAAAUAAAGUGGAUAUAUUUAACAGUUCUUUACAAUCACGACGAUUAACAUAACGCAACGACUUUAAUACAAUAACACGAUUCAUUUGAUCACAUUCUUAAAGACAUUUUACAUGCACGUUCCUUAACACUGACAGCCAAAUCUUUACGUAGACUCAUGCGUGUCUCGCGUACGGUUUUGGAAUCGCUCUUCACUCGUAAUCAGAUUUAAGUAUUCGAUAUUUAAAAUAAUCAUUCAUCCUCCACAGGUAAUUAUGAAUUUCAUCAUGUUUACAUGUCAAUCGUAAUUGAUCUUGUGGUUUCACAUAAUUCAUCACUAUUAAACUGCUGGAAACAUUCAUGAGUCUCUAUCUUAUAUACAAUAACAUUAUUGGUUCAUAAUUCUUUGGUUGUCAUUAUUAUGAAUGAUUCUAAAAUCUUGGACCAGAUUUUCGUCCUAAUUUUAAUUGAAUUUUUUGUAUUGCAAUUGUUAUUCAAUAUAUAUAUCCAAUAUCUUUUCCCCUUUUUUUAUUGUAAAUUUUCUUAUUUUGUUUGUGUAUCUCUAAAAUCAUUUCUUUUCAAUCAUUUCACUUUGCCUUCAAUUCAUCACAUUAUUUCACUUUUCCUUCAAUUCAUCAAAUUACCUUAAUAUGUUUUUACUUACUCUUACAUUCGAAUGACCUGUAUUUCUAUUUGGCGUGAACUUUAAGAUUCUUUGUGCCAAACUUAAAUACGUAUGUUAUUGUUGUUAAUUUAUUACUUAUUCUACGUGGCUCUUAGAAUAGCUUUGGAAAGCGCCAGAUUGCGAUUUCUUGCUUUUUUAAAUAAAUUAUAAGUUUUGUCAAAUCAGUUGCAGUAAUAUUCACGCACAAAUCUCUUUUGUUCAUUGUGAGCACAAACGCUUGAGUACAAUUUUCAAUAUAUUGAAACUGUCAGCAUCAUCUAAACUUUCAGUUUAUACUUAAUUAUUAUUAUUAUUUUUUUUUUGUCUAUCACAGUGUUAGUAAAUAGAAUCGAUAUAAUCAAAGAAAUCUAAUGCAUCUGCAAUUAUAGUAGUACUAAAUUGCUGCGCUGACUAUAGUUGCACUGUUAAUUGCUGCAUUUGUCAAUACUGUACGUUUCCAACUCACAACUUUUUGUAAUAUCUUCUCUCAUGGUGUUCUGUUGCUUGAACCAUGAAUAAUAUCGUCACCAGCGAUUGCCAUCAAAUUUAACACACACUCGAAUUUGCAUCUAAUUGAACACAAUUUUGCAGUAUUCACAGGGUCUGUUUUUCGACGUAUAUUUAUACUCUACAUUUGUAUGGUCACUUGUAUGAUCCACUGUAUCUUCAAUGGAACAUACUAAGCAACCCGAACGAGUCUCCCAAUUUUGUAAAAUCAGCAGAAUAAACGUGUGAAGACUUCAAUGUAACACAGCAA